CGAGCUUAUCCUUAGCCUGGUUUAAGAACAACACUAGCCUUAAUUCAAAUUUGCGUGAGAAAUUAUUGUCUUCAGCCUCGUUUGUUGAAAGUGACAAAAAAGCCAUACACCACUUGCAAAACCGAUUGGCUAAUUCUUUUCGCCAUGGCCUUCAUACAAUUUCUCUGCAACCCAAUAAUCUUUACGGCUUUAGCUCUAAUCCCAGCUCUUUUCAUAUUCCAAAUGUUCACUAGGAAGUUAAUGAAGAAAGAAAACCAGAGAGAGAAGAAGUACCAUCCAAUUGGUGGCACAGUGUUUAACCAGCUCCUCAACUUCAAUAGGUUGCACCAUUACAUGACUGAUCUUGCUGCCAAGUACAGGACUUACAGGCUCCUAGGCCCUUUCAGAAAUGAGAUUUACACUUCUGAGCCAUCAAAUGUUGAGUACAUACUCAAAACCAACUUCCAAAAUUAUGGCAAGGGGGAGCAUAAUUACAACAAUUUAAGGGAUUUACUGGGUGAUGGAAUUUUCACCGUUGAUGGUGACAAGUGGCGCCAACAAAGAAAGGUAUCAAGCUAUGAGUUCUCCGCGAAGGUGUUGAGGGACUUCAGCAGUGUUGCCUUCAGAAAAAAUGCAGUGAAACUUGCUGGUAUAGUGUCUGAAGCUGCAAAAUCCAACCAGUCAAUGGAUAUGCAGGACCUGUUUAUGAAGUCAACCUUGGAUUCAAUAUUCAGAGUUGCAUUUGGAGUUGAACUAGACAGUAUGUGUGGAUCAAAUGAAGAAGGUGUCAUAUUUACCAAUGCUUUUGACAAUGCAAGUGCAAUGACCCUUUGGCGAUAUGUUGAUGUCUUUUGGAAGAUUAAAAGAUUUCUGAAUAUUGGAUCUGAAGCAGCAUUAAAGAAAAACAUUAAAGUAGUUGAUGAUUUUGUGUAUAAAUUAAUCAAUAGUAAAAUUGAACAAAUGCACCACUUAAAAGAUAAUAUCUCUAUGCAGACAAAGAAAGAUGAUAUUUUAUCACGGUUCCUGCAAGUGACUGAGACUGACAAAACUUAUUUAAGGGACAUCAUUCUUAACUUUGUGAUUGCUGGCAAAGACACAACAGCAGCCACUCUAUCUUGGUUCAUCUAUGUGCUCUGCAAACACCCUGCUGUUCAGGAAAAGGUUGCAGAGGAAGUAAGAGAAGUUUCUAAAGUGAAAGAAGUUAAAAGUUUUGCAGACUUUGCAGCCACCAUUGAUGAUGAAGCUCUAGAAAAGAUGAGCUAUCUACAUGCAGCUAUAACAGAAACACUCAGACUCUAUCCAGCGGUGCCAGUGGAUGCAAAGAUUUGCUUUUCUGAUGAUACUCUACCAGAUGGUUUUAGUGUGAAAAAAGGAGAUAUGGUGUCUUACCAACCUUAUGCAAUGGGCCGGAUGAAAUUCAUUUGGGGCAAUGAUGCUGAGGAAUAUAAACCAGAGAGAUGGCUCAACGAGGAUGGUGUGUUUCAGCAAGAGAGCCCUUUCAAGUUUACUGCCUUCCAGGCUGGGCCACGAAUGUGUCUAGGGAAAGAAUUUGCUUAUAGACAGAUGAAGAUUUUCUCAGCCGUUUUGUUGGGCUCUUUCAUUUUCAAACUCAGCGAUGAAAAGAAGGCUGUCAACUACCGCACAAUGAUUAAUCUUCAUGUUGAUGGUGGCCUCCAUGUUUGUGCAUUUCACAGAUACAAAACUUGAUAUCAUAUCUGUUAUAUGAAGCAUGGAUGUGACAUCAAGCUGAAAACUAUUCAUGGGUAUAAAACAUAUUUAAGGUAUUUGGUGGAACCUUGCUACUCCUUUAAGCUUUAAAUAAUGUUUGCUUUUUGUAGAAAGAGAUAAUUCUUAUUGAUUUCAAUCAAUCUAUACAUGGGUAUAUAUAUACAA